CUGGAGCCCAGAGCCACUGUCUUUGCUGCUGCUGCAGCUGCUGUCCCCUCUCCUCCUCUGCUUCUGACCACUCACUGCUCCCCUGCCCAGCUGUUCUUUCUCCUGGCCAUGACCACAGCAAACCCCAGGACCCCAGCCCAGCUCUGAGCCCGGGGCCCUUGGUCCCCUCCUUUGGGCCAUGGCCAACUCGGGUCUUCAGCUGUUGGGCUACUUCCUGGCCCUGGGUGGCUGGGUGGGCAUCAUUGCCAGCACAGCCCUGCCACAAUGGAAGCAGUCUUCCUAUGCAGGUGAUGCCAUCAUCACGGCCGUGGGCCUCUACGAAGGACUCUGGAUGUCCUGCGCCUCGCAGAGCACUGGUCAGGUGCAGUGCAAGCUCUAUGACUCGCUGCUCGCCCUGGACGGUCACAUCCAGUCAGCACGAGCCCUGAUGGUGCUGGCUGUGCUCCUGGGCUUCGUGGGGAUGGUCCUCAGCGUCGUGGGCAUGAAGUGCACACGAGUUGGAGACAGCAACCCCAUCGCCAAGGGCCGUGUGGCCAUCUCUGGGGGUGCCCUCUUCCUCCUGGCAGGCCUCUGUACUUUGACUGCUGUCUCCUGGUAUGCCACCCUGGUAACGCAGGAGUUCUUCAACCCAAGCACACCUGUCAAUGCCAGGUUUGAAUUUGGCCCGGCUCUGUUCGUAGGCUGGGCCUCAGCUGGCCUGGCCAUGCUGGGGGGCUCCUUCCUCUGCUGCACAUGCCCGGAGCCUGAGAGAGCCAACAGCAGCCCACAGCCUUAUCGCCCAGGACCCUCAACUGCUGCCCGAGAACCCGUUGUUAAGUUGCCCGUCUCCACCAAGGGCCCCCUAGGUGUGUAAUGUCCGAACCCCCGCCAGGCUCUGUCCCCCUGCCACACCUAGGUUGUGUGCUUGGCAUUGUUUGGAAAGAGAAGUGGACAUUCAACCCCAAGUAUGGUGUCAUUUGCUCUGUUCCUGGUGUGCCUAGUUUGGGACCUGGUGUAGCGUUGGACCUGACCCCGGGGGCUCUUGCAAUGGGUUAUGCAGCACAAACAAAGCAGAGCAGGAAAGAACUUGGGGUCCUGGCCUCCCAACCUGGCCUUUGGCUUGGCACCAAGACCUCCCUGAGGGGAGAUCCCGCUCACCCUUCCUUUGGCCCAGCACUGGAAGCAGAACCCUGGGGUCAGAGAGCCCCUGGUGUGGAGAAAAUAUCACAGGUAACAAGCCCUGCCUCUGGAAGCCCUCCUACAAGAAGGGACAGGCCCUGUGAGGCCUCUGGCUGGGGUUGGAUCAGAGCUGGGUGAGGGAACAUUGUGUAGGAGCCCCACCCCCCAUAGGAAGGCCAUUAGGACUGUCCUGGCAAGGUCUGAAUCCCCUAGCUCAGCCCCACACUGAAUCCUGCAGUGGAGACUGUGGUCAGAGCUCUACCCUGCAGCCCAGGGUACAGUCAGUUGGAAGGGCUUAUGGUCUUGAAGCCCAGAUAGGCCCCAAGGCCAGGUAGUGCGCUUCAUCCUCAGACUGAGGAGGCCUCUGCUCACACGCUCAGCCUCUGCCAUGCCAAACACCAGCCCUGGACUCCAGGUCUCUCCCUGGCCCUGGCCCUUCCUUCCUUAUGUACACGAAAUUCUCAUGGAAAGAGGCGUCCAUCACUAUCCUCUUCCUCUUCCUUUCUCCACCCCCUAUUCAUGGCCAGAUCGCCCACCAAUUCCUAAAGACACAAUCCAGCUUCUCCCUCAAGCUUGAUUCUUCGAGGUUAAGUGACCAAAAUUAAGUUAGAGGAAAUGACUGUCACACACACUGCAGCUGAAGUUGGGACAGGAGAAGAGAAGCGAGAAGAGCCAGGGAGCUGGCAUGGGCUUGCCCCUUUCUCCCUGCCUGGUAGCUACUGUGCAUCCACAGGGCCCUCUGGCCAGAGGGGUGGCUACCUGGCCCUAAAAAGGCUUAUAACAGUCCCACAGUCCUGCUGCUCAAGUUAUGAGAAAUACAGAAAAUGUUCUGGGUGCCUCCACCCCUAGACAUCUUGAUUCAAUGGGUCUGGGUAUCAGAGCUUACACAGCUGCCCCUAGGGAACCUCAUGAGAACACUCUGAGGGGUCCACAGCGGGUUAAGAGCCUCCAAAAGAGCGAGGAAAGGCAAGGCUGGAGAGGAAGCUCCAUCUCCCUCCUGCUUUUCUGGAAACCAGGCCAUUGGAGGAGAUGCCCUCAUCCUUCUGAUCAAUACAGCUUUGUGCUGAAAUGAUUUUGAGUCUGGAUCCUGACACACAUAGCCACAAGGGCCCUAACACAGAACUUGGAACCUGGAAACUCAGUGUUGCACUGAGGGCUUCUGUUACAUGGCACCAGCUGAGCAGGUCGCAGCCCAGCUAUUUAGCAGUCUUCACCAUUUGGUCAUAAAGCUGGCCAGGAAACCACGUGUCAUCUCUUGAUAUUCAGGGGCACCAGAACCUUGGGACUUGGUAAGAGGAGGUCAAGAUAUCAGAGACUGUCUAUGGCCGUACCACACCCUGUAUGUGCCCCAUCUCUGUCUGAUCACAGAAGAUAAUGUGCUGGCUACUUCUUGUGGGUUUUAGGGACAGGCUGUGAGAAAGACAAACUCCAUGCAAGCAGCGGACCUGACAGCAUUAAAGGAAGCCUGUUUUGCCUGUAGCCAGGAAUGGGGAAGGGAAUGGCCAGUUAACCACAGCUCUGGGUGUUAUACAACCAAUUAAUACACUGAUCAAAAAUGCCUGAGAUCCUGGCAGUAGGAAGAUGUCUGGGAGAAAAUAGAGGAGUUUGAAGCUAAAAGAUUUUGGGGAUCUAGAACCUACCAGCCUCUCCUGAAGUAACCCCAUUUAAAUGCCUAUGUCAAGGUCACCUGGGUGCCAGAGGCAGGGCCAAUUUUCCAGGCCUCCUGGGCCAGCCUAUUGUUUACUGUUCCAGCCGCAAGGCUAAGAUUGGGUAGAGACCCACGGAGGUGGGGUUCAGAUUCAAAAAAGUAUAAUUCUAAAGUUUUUGCCAUUGUUUAUUUGUUUUGGGGGGUUUCUUUUGGUUCCGAGGAUCAAACUCAGGACCUUGCAUUUGUGAGGCAGACAUAAUGCCACUGAGCUAAAUCCUCGGCCCACCAUUGUUUAUUAAGAAACAGAACCGCCCAAGAAUGAAAUUGGCAGUUCCAUAAAAUACAGUUUUAGGAGGAAUUGCAUUCAGCCCCUAAGGAAAGCCCCAGACCCUAGGGGAGCUGACCAGGAAUCUCAUUUAUUGCAUGGGGAGAUGCUUGAAAAAUCUGUAUCUUAGAAUAUGGUGUGUGAUAUAUUAGAUGAUUUCAAGGGUUUGUUAAUUGUUUGUUAUAUAUUGUUAAUUUUGUGUGAUAAUUUACACUGUGGUUCUCAAUUUUUGAUCCUUACCUGGUAGAGGUGCACACUGACAUGAUGGCUGGAUUUGCUUUAAAAUAUUCUAGGAACAAGGAAUUCACGGGCAGGGGAAGCUAUAAAGGAAGACCGGUAAAUGCUACGUGUAGUGGGGGUUCACUCUACCCUUCUGUGUGUAUGUUUGCUAAUGAAGAAAAAUUAAAAAUGUAAUUUUAAAAAUA